AUGUCCGACGUGGAUCAGCUGAUAGAAGAAUUGUUUCCGAAGGUUUGCACCGAGCUAACAUCUGGGGCGAGCAAACCUUCCGUCACGCAUGAGCUGCCUGCCUCCAAGGGAGACUGGGACGCGAGCGACGAGGAAGACAAGAAUGCCAUCAGUGCAAUAGUGCGGCCUGCGAGACCGCCAGCUUCAGUAAAUCCCAGGAGGGAAUCCAAUUCCGGUCCCUCCAAAAGCUACUUUGAUGAGAGUGACGAGGAUGACGCUGAAGCCGAAGUGGCGGCGAGUUCCUCCUCCUUUGCCGUUCCAUUUCCGUUUUUGCCUGCUAAUGUUGGAAGCGCUUGCGUGGGAAAGUGUUUUGUUACAAACAUGGGGGCAAAGCUUCUUCAGCACCCCACAAUUGCGCAGCUGCUCUUUCUCGCACAAGGGGAGCACAGGAGCAGGUUGUCCCAGAAGCAGUUACUGGAAGGUAAAGGGGCUUUUUAUGCAAUUAAUGCCAAAUUUGGCAACGGCGCUUCUGACAAAUAUGCGGAGGAUAUGGCUUGUCAUGGUGGCUGCCCGAUAAUGAUCUGUCGACGGUGUAACUAUGGCGUGGUGCGCCUUCAAGGAGCUGCUUGGCAGGAUGGGGGAGGUACGAUGGACUUAUAUCUGACCGUGCGUAAUUAUUACCCCGACUGGAGUAGACUGGUCAGCUCGUAUCCAGUAGGACAGACGAAAAAUGGGGAGCAAAACAGGGUCCUACGAUCGAGUGUCGGAUGUGCUGCGUACUGUUGCCAGUGCUCUUGGCUUACUGUGAGCUCUGAACAGGAGACAAUUGAAACUCGCCCAUCAGAUUCCGCAGGAUAUGUAGGAAGAGAAGAUUCUCGUUGCUUUGCCACUCAGUUGCCGCUGCCGCAAGAAGAACGGCGAAGGCCUCCACUGUGGGUAUGUCGAGGGCAUGUGCCACAUUUCUGA